AUGGAGCUGUCUGAUGAUGGCCCCACUAUCCCCACGAGCUGUGACGACGUCCUGUCCUGUCCAGUAUUGCCCGCCGUUGAUGAAGACUAUCACCAAAGCACGGCCGAACAAUUCACAUUGGCCUUCAUCUAUUGCUUGGGACGAACGAAGCUAGAGAAGCACCCAAGCGGCGGCACUGGCGACCUCGAGAAUUUUGAAUCUCGGGGUGCGUCCCAAUCCCUCAGGCCGUACCUCCAGGCGGUGCGGAGCAGUCUUACGGCUGCGCUCUGCCUGUCCAACUUUGCGUCGCAGGCGUCGGAGAGGCACAACGUGCCCGAGAUUGAGGCGCAAACAUCGCCCGAAGUGCUGCUGACGCCCCUGACGAUUGCGCGCAACGAAAACGAGCGCGUCCUCAUCGAGCCCAGCGUCAACAGUGUCCGCAUCAGCAUCAAGAUCAAGCAGGCCGACGAGAUCGAGCACAUCCUGGUCCAUAAGUUUACGCGCUUCUUGACCCAGCGCGCCGAGUCUUUCUUUAUUCUGAGGAGGAAGCCUAUCAAGGGAUAUGACAUUUCCUUCUUGAUUACCAACUUCCAUACGGAAGAGAUGCUUAAGCACAAGCUGGUUGAUUUCAUCAUACAGUUCAUGGAGGAGGUUGAUAAGGAAAUUUCGGAGAUGAAGCUCUUCCUGAACGCAAGGGCAAGAUUUGUGGCCGAGUCUUUCUUAACACCGUUCGACUGAUCGCGAAAGCUGUACACGUCGAGAGUUUCUGUUACUGGCGUUGUUGGCAGAAACAGGGUUCCUUGUCUUAUUAAAAAAAAGACAAGCCAUAAGAUUAUGAAUAAAGUGCCUGACAAUAAAGUGCUUGAGAAUUAC